AUGGGCCUCACGAUCACCGAUGACGCCUGGGAAAGGUGGCCCGAUGAGAUGAAAAUACGCACGUAUGAGGACAUGGGCCUCUAUACGUUCCCUGUAAUUCAAGACCAGACGAAUGGACAAAAUCCAGGCCUCCCAACCCCGUCGAGCGCGAUCGAACCAGCCCAGGACAUCUCCAGCCAAAUAGCCGCAUUGUCCAAUCGUUUUGAAGCGCGCAUGAGCGCCCUUGAAGCCAGUCGAGCGGCGCAGACCAAUGGCGGGGCAGUCGAAAGCGCCCUACAAACUGGAGGAGGUCAAAAGGGGGUGAGAGGAGGCAAAGGGGGACGGGGCACUCACCGAAGCCGUGGUCGUGGUGGCGUUCGUGGCCGUGGACGCACUCGUACUCCGGCUUCACAGAACGAUGCCGAGCUGCGAGCCGAUAAGUAUGAUGACGAUGCGGAGGAUGUGUGUACCAAACCGAAGGAUAUAACGGAGGAAGCAACGGCGAAGGCUCGAAAGGCUCUUGUAGACCUCCUCGCUCCGGCUUUUCGCCUCGUGUGUGGUGUUUCGUUCGGGCAACAGUGGCCUGAUCCCACCAUCCUUCGCAUCAACUCCACCACUGAAGCGGCGUAUGUGUCACCGUUUUUCGAGGCUAACGUUGACGAUCCUCGUAACGAGGCUGUCACAAAGGCUGUCGCACAAUCUGUGUGGGACGAUCUCUCUGAGCCCGACAGCAUCCCCGAAAUCCUGCUCAGUCGCCGUGUAAAAUGGAGCAAAUUGAGCCUUCAGACACUUGCAAAGGGGACUUUCCGCGGAAUGAGGAGUGAAUGGCGUCGUCAGAAUGAUGAUGGAGCGGCUAGGAGGGCCGAAGUGAGCAAACAACGCAACCGGCACUAUAGUCGUCGAGUUGAAAAAGCAGAGAAUCGUCUGAAGGCUUGUGGUGACUAUGCGAAGCAGAACGACGAGAAAGACGCGAGUGAAACCUUACAUCAAGAGUAUAUGUCGGACGAGGUUUCAGGCCCCGAAGAUGGCUCUGAUGAGACCCCAGCGCAGUGGAAGGUUCGUAUGGCGGAGCUGGCUGGCAUGCAGACGUCUGGGACCGUGUUCGAGCAGACGAGCUUCCUUGAGGUCUUGACGUGUGAGUGGAAAAGCGAAGAGGGACGAACACUGCACCAUACCCUAACGUCAAUCUGGCGCUCGUCGCUGUCACCCAAGGAGAAACAGAACAUUGACAAAGUCAGAGUCCCAAGCGCUCGCAGUUCAAGCCGAAUUCCGGAACGCGCACCCUGGAACUUCAUGAUCUAUAUGGCAUGGGUUGUCAACAAGCGCCAGGAUGCCCACAUUGCGGAGUUGUACGGUCUUCAGCACUGGGGUCGGUGGGGCAACCCCGUCGGCAUGAAGAUCCUGAUCGCAGCUACUGAGAGCGAGCCCGCGGUGGGUGUACAAGAGAUUGGCGGGGGGGCUGAAAACAACGGCGAAGCGGGCGAGGGAAACACUGGGAACGUUGGCGAGGUGAGCAGAGCAAUUGCUGGGACUGGAGAGGGGAGCAACGUAGCAAAUAGCGAGGGAAGUGCGUAA